CCCCCCUCCCACGCCGACUCCACUCUAACGGGACUACUUGGGCAGCCCCCCACGGCGAUCCAUUCCAAUUAUCCACGAAACACGACCGAAGCACUCGUCACUGGGUAUGAUGCCGGACACUGUUGACCGUGCUCGAGACCCUGGAGAAUUUAUCAGCAUUGCAGUUGAUCAUCCCGGGUGAUUUGUAAACCCUGUUAAUGGUCAGUACUUUGUUGACUUGUCACUCCACUCUGGACAUUCGCCGCGACUUCUACCUCUUCUCGCUGCCUCCCCUCCAUAGCACGCUAUCGCUGUACUAUAGUAUUUUCUAUUCGCAUCUGCGAAUGAAUUAGCUGCAUAUCUAUAUUCUUCGACUACUGGGUGCCCAUCCCAGCCCACCACCACAAUGCGCCUCACACACGCGCCCCUGUUGUCCCUCCUCGCUCUGACGAGCGCAUCCCUACAACAAACGCCCCCCCGCGCAUCCGCCCGCCUCUGGGCCACCCACUACAACGGCAAUGUCUACUCGAUCUUCUUCAAUGGCCACGAUCUGUCCCUCACAGACACGGUCAAGACCUGCGGCUCGAUGCCGAGCUGGUUGACCUUUGAUCCCGAGACGCGCACUGUUUACUGCUCUGACGAGGAUGGCACGGCAGACCCCAGCACGAAUGGCUCCUUGUGGGCUUACGAUGCUGGGGAAGAUGGGAAAUUACAUCAGACUGCGAAGACGAACACUGUUGGUGGCGGUGUGCAUAGUGUUAUCUAUGAGGAUGAGAACGGGGGGAAAUAUCUUGCCAUUGCCCAUUACGAGGGCUCUGCAAUCUCAACGUUUGGCCUCCCCUUGCGCGACAAUGAGCCCGCCACCCAGGAGUUCCACUUCAACAUGACCCACGAGGGUGCCGUCGCACAGCAGGACGCGCCUCACCCGCACGAGGUCUUCCUCGACCCAACCGGUUCCUUCGUUGUGAGCCCCGAUCUGGGCGCUGACCUGCUGCGCGUAUAUUCCAUCGACAGCGGAUCCGGCCAGCUACAGCAAUGCCCACCGGUCAACAUCACAUUCGGCAGCGGACCUCGCCAUGGCGUCUUCUGGACGGAUGGAACGAACAAUGAUACGUUUUCCACCGGUAGCCAGGAUGGUCGGCCAGAGCACUCGCGCCAGGUUGCAGCCGUCGGUAAGACGAUGAUGUACCUCGCUAACGAGAUCGGCGGCACGGUAGACGUGUUUGAAGUGGCCUAUGCACGAUCCGGAUGUCUCUCUUUCGAAAAGACCCAGACGAUGGUACCGUAUUCGAACAGCACGAUGCCCAAGGGCGCAACUCCGGCCGAGAUCCGCUUGAUCGGUGACGUGCUCUACGUCUCCAUUCGCACGGAUCAAGGGUUCGCCCCGAAUGAUAGUAUCGUCACUCUCGACCGGUUGCCACGCGGUGGAGCCGUGAUGCUCCGGAAGAAGACCUCUUCUUAUGGCAAGGUGCCGCGGACGUUCACGAUCAAUCGCGCUGGUGAUCUGGUUGCCAUUGGGAACCAGGCCACGUCGACCAUUUCCAUUGUGCGCCGCGACCGGCAAACCGGUGACCUCGGCGAGGAGAUUGCCGUGUUGCAAGUUGGCGAGCCCGGCAAGGUGGGCACUGCCGAAGGACUGAGCAGUGUGAUUUGGGAGGAGUGAUGCGGAGAUAGACAGAAAUGAAGGUGCAGAAAUCUUGUCAAUGGGUCUCAUAUCUACAUACUUUUAAAACCUAGGGGGUGGUUUCGAAUGAGGAACGGUGUGGGAGUUCAUAUCUUCAUGUGCUAUCGUCGUAGAGAUGCGAGAGGUGACAAUUGCCAUCACAUAAAAUCGUCCAAAAAGUCUGCAUCACGAUCCUGGUUGCUGCUAGCCUCCACAUUCUCCGCGCUAAACAUGUCGUCGUACGCGUGGUCCUUCUGCCACUUGAGCUGUUCACGCUCACGCUUCUCCUGUUUAUCCCUGGUUUGCUGCUGCUCUCGCAACUUGCGCUCAUCGUGCCGCUUCUUCUUCAAGAAUUCUUCCUUUUCAGCGCGGAGAUCGGGGAAUUUCUCGACGCGGGUCUUGUUCAAACGAUUGACGAUGGGGUUCUCGCGGACUCGGACGAGGACCUUCUUGACUAGCUUGGGGUUGUGGAAGGAGACCUGGCCCACAGCCAUUGAACCGUCUUUUUGGAGGUUUGACCAGGGUGUGUAGAUUAUAGUGAUGUUGUCCUUUUUGUUCC